CGCCCACCAACCUGUGCAACAUUCUUGAAGCUCUUUUUCGUGAAUGCUCCAUGUCCAAUAUCGAGGUAAGCUUUUUGAAUCUCUCGUCAAAACCAGGCUUUUUUUUCGGGCUGCUCAACGGGCCAUGUAGAGUGGAAAGAAUUGGAUUGUCAGCAACUGUCGUCAACCUGAUCAGUUGGAGGCUGUUUUAAAUUUUAUGGUGGUGCUUUCGACGGCGCGACCAACGUAUAAGGAUCGACUUCACUUGGUGUACCUGAUCAACGAUAUUCUGUUUCACAGUGAACGACGUCAAAUACCAUGGAUGAAAGAGGUGAUCAUAUCUCAUGUGAUGCCAUUGCUCAAGUUGGCAUAUCAGGCGCCGAGCGUCACUGAGGAACAACAAGCCAAAGUCAUCAAGGUCAUCAAGAUUUGGGGCGACAAGCAUAUCUAUGAUGACGGUAUCAUCGCCAGUAUUAUGAACAGUGUGGCUUUGCCUCUUACAUCUUUAUUCAUCCCACCUCCUCCGAGGAGCGUCUAUCAAGCGGCGCAAUCAUUGCCACCCACCGGCAUGCAUGCGGCUAUGCCAACCGUAGCUCAGCCCAUUGGAGCAGUCCAUCCAUCGAUUCCGCCCACCGCUGCUCCUCCUUCCAUCCAGCCACCUAUGCCACCCAACCCGCCAUCGGUACCUGAUAAGCCCUAUUUUCAAUUACCAGCCAGUCUAAUGAUGCUGGUCAUCAAGGGUGAAAGUCAUCCUUAUAAGGCUAUCGAUCAAGACGCCAUUCGACAGCCAAUCUAUGCUCCUGUGACUGAAGAGCUCAACGAAGCCGUGGCCUCCUUCUAUUCGGGAUUUGAUCUGAAUGAAGAUACCACGGCUUUCCUCGAGGAUCGAAACUCUAAACUAGAUCGCAACGGUUGGGAGGAAGGGUAUCUGGACUUUUUUUACGAAAAAUUUGAGGCGGCGGCUCCACGCAGGUCAACAGUCAAUGCAGCUCAUGGACGAAAAUCCACCGAUCGAUCUCGCGACACUCGAGCCGAUACCCAUCGUUACAGAUCUGAUUCGGGACGAUCUCACCGGUACUCAAAAAGUUACAGUCGAAGCCGAAGCAGAGAACGUCACAGUCGCAGUUGGAGUCACAGCAGAAGUAGAAGCACAAGUCGGAGCCGCAGCCGCAGCCAAAGUCGUAGUCGUAGCCGUAGUCGUAGCCGCGAACGUUACCAACGCGGCCGUAGCCCAGGACGCCGUCACAGACGAGAUUUUGAGGAUCGGCGAGAUCGUUUUCACGGCCGUGACAGUCGAUCACGAAGUCGUAGCCGAAGCCGAAGCCGAAGCCGAAGUCCUCCUCGAUCAUACGGUCACCGUGGCUAUGAAUCCCGUAAACGUUCAAGCUCUCCUUAUUCACGCCAUGAUCAUCGACGUCAUUCUCGAUCACCGCCACCACGUCGAACAUUCUCCAGCGAACAUUCUGCCACAGAUACCGAAGGAUAUAAAAGUGGUUACAUGAAAGGGAAACGUGGCAACGAACCUCGACCAUUCGAAUCAGGACCACCCAUGGACGAGUUUGAUGCUUUUCGAAGGAACAAGAGCCGAACAUUCACAAAAGGUUUUGGAGGGUAGACAUUUGUGACGAAAAAUUCUUGGGUAUCAUUUGUUUUUUAUUUUUUUGGGUGGACGAUAUGCGCAGACUGUUUUGUCCAAAUUCUAUUCGAUAAAUCAUGAUAC